ACUACAGUGGCGUACAAGACGACGGAAGACAACAAAAACCUCGGGUGCGUCGCCCGUGAUAGCGUAGACUGUAAAAGUAGGUAAUCAAGACAUUUCGAUAAGAAUUUGAAAAACUCGUCCACUGAAAUAGAAUUUUGCGAAGACAAUCGUGAAGAAAAUAACAUGUCAGGUAGCUAGUUAUACAAGUUAAUUUUGAACAUUUGAUCCGGCUCCCUGUGGCACACAAAACAAUUCAACGACUAACGUUAAUCAGCUAACGUUAGCUGAAGGUAGCUAGCCCGUUACUAUAUUUUUGUAUUUGGGUGUGCCACAUGCAAUGCGAGGGAAUCAUCACCGACUGGUUCGUGGAAAAUGUCACAUUGAAAGGAGGAAAGACAGAAAUAUCAUAUCACCUCCAGUUUAACAUUGACAGAAGAAGAGGAUAACCAACAUAUAAUCAACCCUUUUGCAAGUCAUCAGGACUCAAGACAGGUCAUUGGAUAUUUACAAUGGACCACACACAUGAUUGUGUGGAUGACAACCCAGAAACCAUGAAUGAACAUGAUGAGUCUGACCACUCAGGAACCACACACUACCCAGAAUUUCAGCGCCAUUAUGUCUCCACUAGGACGGGCAUCAGACCACGACCAGGUGGGCGAGUGCGGCUCUACUCCGAGUCCCAGGUGUGCUCCCAGGUUGGCAGAAGGGACAACACAGAGUUUCAGGAUGUGAUGACUCCUACUGAGGAGGGCGGUGGCGAUGGGGCUCCUUUCCGAAGCCGAUCACAGUCUGCUCCUCCUACACUGUGGGCUGCAAAGAAAUAUGGCCGCCAGCUGAGGAGGAUGAGUGAUGAAUUUGACACCUGGCUCGACAAAGGGGAACCCAAGAGAGGGAUAAGCCCAGGAGGGGUCAAGCAGGAGGUCUCCCGAGGAUGGUUCUCUUUCCUCUGGAGUCCAAAAAAGGCUGAAGGCAGGGAGUGAAAAAUCAAUACAGUUUGCACCUCUUUCAGAGACCAAGGCAAGAAGGAGCUCAUACUCAUUUCCAUAACGACUGGACCCCAGCUGAAAUAUUCACGUCCCAUGUGCAUACUUUUGUGGAAAUUACAGUAUUUUUAUGGAAAAUAUCACCAGUUCAAAUGUGACCUUUUUGUACAAUCAAAUCAAACGUUAUGCAAAAAUUAAUUGCAUAAUUGAAAAUAUGUUGCAAUAAUUAACAAUAAGUUAUUCAGUGCAUAAUAGAUGCAUUUUCUAAGCGACAAUCUCUUGUGCUACUGAUAUAUUUAUAACAUAUAUUUGCAGAGAAAUUUCAUAAAUUGUUCUAUUGAAAAUGUUCUACAUUUGUAGGUAUGAAUUUCAAGAUCUAAUAAUCAAUGGUUUUAAAUUCACAAAAUGUAAAUAUACUUUCGAGAUUCUUAAAAUAUGAAACCUGUGAAAGAACAACUGAUCUGUGAUGACAAUAAUUAUUAGACAGAUAUGUUGAACACAAUUUUCUAUUAUACAUAUUUUUUUUCCCGAUUUCAAUCGUUAGCAAUGCUAGUCUACUGAAUGCUUUAAUCUGCAAAAACAUAACGAAUUCUGACUUCACAUAAGCUCUUAUAACUCUUCAAGUCUGGGUUUUGCCAAAAAUGUAAUGUCUUGACAUUCUACAAUUAUCCUCAUACAUACUUUGACUGGUACACUCAGUUUAUUUUGGUAUUUAUCUUAAACUUAGAGACUGUACAUUUCAUAAUGUUCUUUCAUUUGCAAUCAUCUUUAAUUUAUUCUGUAUAUUUUUUCAAUUGUAUAUUGUGCAUAUGGAUAUUUAAAACAAAAAUGAAGACAUAUUUACAAUCCAGGCCAUAUACACCCUUCUCAACUGCCUUAUAUGCAAAUAUUCUGAAUACUGUUAAGUCUUCGGUUGAAGAAAUAUGAGUGUAUAGGGCAGUCUGGUGUAGAACAACUAUGGUCACUGCCUUCAGUUAUAACUGAUAUUCUACUUGAAACUUUGUGUGUCUUAACAUUUUGAUAUUUCUCCUUUUCAUUAAUAACUGUUUUUACAUCUUUUUUAUUUUAUGUAACAGAUUAAAUGAUUGAAAAUUGCUUAUUAAAACUAGUGAUGCACCGAUA